UUUGAUCUGUAGAAAAACAUCGCGCCGAUUGUGUAUGCGACGAGCCACGCACAAGGGCACGGGACGUCUAUUGUGAUCGCAGAAGCAAUAAUCAUACAUGCAUAGCGAUCAGCUGACAGUGUAUUUUCGCUUCAAAUAGGGAUGGAAAUAAAAAUGGCGUCGUAAAUGUACGCAGUUAUACAUCGGGUACUGUCAUUAAGAUCGACAGCCCGAAUUUUGAAGAAUUCUGCUUCAGAAAGAGAAACACAACAAUAUCGUCAUAAAAUUCAGACACUACUCGUUGUACAACAACGAAGAUUCAACGAAAGUGCUAAAAAAAAUAUGGAAGGUGAUGACAGUUUUCCCUCUGUCGGAGACAGACAGCAACGCCUUUUCGUGGGACGUGAAGAUCGUUACAACGGUAUAUUGGUCGAUUCCAAUCUCGAACCUUGUGAAAAUUUCAAUUUCACAAAACGUCUGGAAGAUUCAUUGAAACAAUGGAGAAGCGAGAAAAAAUCGACUAUAUGGUUUCACGUUUCUCUUGCCAGUGCAGACUGGAUUCCUACAUUGGUGAAAGAGGGAUUCAAAUUUCACCAUGCGAAGGAAGAUUUUGCGAUGUUGUACAAAUGGUUACCAACUCAAAUCCAAAGCAAUAUUCCUCCUUAUGCUCAUACUAAUCUUGGCGUAGGAGGUUUUGUUUUGAACGACGAUACUGGUGAGAUACUUGUAGUGAAAGAUCGGCGAUCAGUUCUUGAUGGGCCAACACGAUGGAAAUUGCCUGGUGGAAUCGUUGAUCCAGGUGAAAAUAUUCCAGAUGCAGUGAUGCGAGAAGUCCGAGAGGAAACAGGAGUUCUCACUGAGUUUGAGAGUCUCCUUGGCUUCAGACACGCCCAUGGUUAUGCCUUCGGUUGUUCUGACAUUUACGUUGUUGCACGCCUCAAACCUCUUACACGCGAGAUCAAAAAGUGUGAACGAGAAAUUGCAGACUGCACUUGGAUGAAGCUCGAAGAUUAUGCAGAAGAUCCAAAUAUCGUCCAAAAUAAUCGGAUUCUUGCACAAGCGAUGCUGCAAUAUAUGAAAAACCGUACGAGUCUUAAACUUAUCGAAGGAGAACACCCACUUUCUAAAAAACCUGUUUGGAUUUAUCUAUUUUGUUCAGAUUAACUAUGUUCUUAUUACAAUUCUUAAAUUUUAUUAAAACAUCAUAAGCUGGCUUAUGUUUUUAUGAGUUGAAAUAAACUGUUGAAAAAUAA